AUGGUCUCUGUCCUCACUCCAGCCGCUAUGGCCCCCUUGAACACCCCCGAGCCCUGCUUCAACGAGGUAUCUCGCCUACAAGAUGCCGUAGAACCGUUCUCCAGGCUCGUCGGCACGGAGCAUGCAGCCAUCCACCUCCAUUGCACAAUUCCCACUUGGUCGCACUCAUCGUCCAACUGCCUUGACCUCCAUGACCUUCAUGAAUUACGUUCACGACUGCUCGUCUUCAUUCACGACCUCAUCCAAAAACUGAGAGCUUCUGGGAUACACACUACCUAUAGCCUCACCCCCUCUGAUACAUCCCUCUGCGUUGUGUGUGCAUUGCCGCCAGGCUUGAACUCCUCGCAAGCCAAAAUGACCGACGUGUCCGAUUUGGUGCACCAAUCCGGUCCCAUUCAACAGAAACACGUUAUUCUCGCGGACUUGAAGAAGGCUCCGUGUCUGAUCAUCUCUUAA